AUGCAGGACGCCCUGAUAAUAUUUGGUGUUCCAAAAGACACAGAUAUCAAAACAAUAUCCUCAUUUCUCACCGAAGACAACACCAUACGGGGAAACGACUUCCUCAUAGUAAUGGCACCGCUAAACAUGGUGAACAAACUAAAAGAGCAAAAUGCCGCGCCGUCGCAGCUUCGUAAAACGUACGAAAUGUGCACCAUCAAAGAUUUGGAGUGCGAGGAUGGUAAUCGUGUGCAGCUUGAGCAGAUAAAAUACGAUCCGCUAAACAACGAGCUAUUUCUGCUGCAGUCGGAGAACAUGUCAUACAUUUUUCUCAACGAUUUUACGGGUCAGCUCGUUAAGAAGGCGCAGUUCAAGGGGCCUAUAACAGUCUCAAACACCGGAAAGUUUAUCGUUCAUUGUUCGUGCAUUUAUAGCGGGUCUGAAUGGCUUUUUUACGGUUUAUUACCGAAAGGAAACGUGGUGUUUUCGUACGAUGACAGGUAUCUUAUGGUGGAAAUGGGUGAAGGACUCGUACGUAUUUAUGAUACUAAGACACUGCAAUUUACUGUGCACGAGGAUGUAACUAGGGCGUUAUUUGGGCAGGGCAUUGCUGUGCUCGAUCAGUUGGUUGUUGAGCUGGAUAAGGGUUCGCUUGAAUCCUACAAGAAUCUGAUUCACGGGUACGGACCUGAGGGUCUAGCAAUGAGAAACAGCAAGAAGCAUGUCGAAAAAGAAAAGCGGGUCUCUAAGCACGAUAUAGCGGAGCAAACCGAGUGUGAUGAGAAAAACAUCGGAGAGGAUAGCGAUAAAAACGAAAUUGAAAGUAGUACAGAGUCUGAACCUUCUGGCAAGAACGAAAAUGAAUCCGAAAGUAACUCGGUGCUGGCUGACUGGUUGGACUCAGACACAAGUGCAGAUAUUGUGUCUGAUCAGGAGGACAUACAAAUCGCAGAGUAUGAAGAUCUGUAUUUUUCUCCAUUCAGCCAUGAUACUGUAGCAAUUGAUUCAGAACUGAACUUUGAGAGGGCGGGUAAGGUAAUUUCUAGGAGACAUCCACAGAGCACGAUCACAAUAUAUUGGACGAAGAGCCGAUGCUAUGCUCAUGUCAUCAAGAGGAUUGGCGAGAGAGAAAAGAAUUUUAUCGAGAGCUACUCGGACUUUGUAACUGUCAACGAGACCAAAAAUAUAAAGGAAGUGAAAUUCAGCGAUCAAAGCUUUUUGUUGGAUGAUGGACUUGUGCAGUACUAUGAAUUGAAGAACAAAGUGUUUGUCAUGGUUAACACGAUAGAAGGGGUAGAAUGCUUCGAUCUGUUUGAUCAUCUGUACGUGGUGGGGUGCGACGAGAAAGUAAAAUUUUAUGACCGAAGAACCCUGUACAAAGAACAUGAUUUGAUCGCAGAAAAAGUAGAAUUCUCCAAGAGCGGUCUCUUUGUGAGUAUUCUUAGUGCUAACCAGAUCAACAUGUUUGAUUGCAACGGCUGCCUGAUCUAUAAGAGGAUAUUUAGCGAUAUAAAGGAAUUUCAGUUUUUGAAUUUUGUGCGGUUAGACGAGCAAGCCAAAAGAGAUAUCAAGAGGAAUUACGGAGAGAAUGUUAUGUUGUUGGGCGAUGAUAAAGAUCUAAAUGUAAGCUGCUUUAAGAGGAAUGAAAUGCCGUUGGAAGAAAAGAAGAAAGCGUGGACCAUGUUUUUGGAGAGCCUUAAAUAAAUAGUAA